AGCUGCUGCUGGUUGCUAGUGGCGCUCCUACUGCCCCUCUCUUGUCGCGGCUGGAGACGCGAUGCAGGAGGAGAUGGCGGGGAGGCAGCGAGAAGAAGGGAAUUUCCCAUAAUGCCCUUGGUGGGCGCGGGGGGCGUGCACGUCUGAGAGGUAGAGAAGAAUGACCCUAGCAGCGGGCUAGGCCACCGAUAACAAAGCUUAGGCAGAAAGUGGGGAGUUCUCGAGGCCUUGUUUUUGGACCUGGGUCUGGGGUAGAUAGAGACGCUCUCCCUCCCCCGCGCUUCAGCCCAGAGCCAGAGUGAAGAAGCAGGGUUCGCUCAUUGUCUCAAGCAGCGGGAGAAAGAGAGAGGUUCUCGCCGCGAACAGCUGCUUAAGGGUUUCCCUCCUUCCCCAGGUGACAAUGAAGAGCACUCGUGUCAGCGUUGCCUCCUUCCAGGGUACCAGUGCCAGUGGGGUGGAUCUCAGCCUUACAGGUCUACCUAUGCAAGUGCUUCAGCGUAGUGCCUCCCCAGGCAAGCACAUUGCCCGCUCCAUCUCCGUCAUUACAGAAAACAAACCCAAAAGGAAUAUCCUAGAAGAUGCAGGGCUUGGCACCUCCAGAGCUAUGAACAAUUUGCGAAGAUCAGUUAGCACAACUCAGGUUAACCAGCAGGUGAAUGGUGUCCUCAGUGCUGAGCAGCACAGAGACUUUCUGACAUUCUUUGAUAGCAGCUCUGGUGGAAGAAAAAAACUAGCAAGUCUGAGCAAAGUCUCCCCAGAAAAGAAGACCACGUGGAAUAUCCUGGAUGAGCAGCCCAGAACCUUUCCAGCCUCAUCUAGCACCCGAGAAACCUCUUCAGGCAUGAGGAAGAAAGAAAUCUAUGUACCACUUGCGGCCAACUUCACUGCCAAUAACAGGAGUAACAAAGGUGCCAUGGGCAACUGUGUUACCACCAUGGUGCAUAACAACUACUCCACUGCAGACAAGGUGCCUGCACCUAAGAGCUCCAACCAGGUCACGACUUCCCUCAACAAUAUUAUAAAAGCCACCUCCAAUGAGGACACGGAGAGCAGCAGCUAUAUUAAGUCCCAGAAGAACUUCUCAAGCAGCAACAUCCUGGCUCGGAACAAUAAUACCACCAUCAGCAGCAGCAGCAACCCCCUCCGGAGGCAGGAAGUAUCAGAGGAGGAGGCUGAGCGGUUCAUUAACCAAGUCAACCUGGCUGCUGUGACGAUUCAGCGUUGGUACAGACGGCACUCACAGAGGCACAAAGAAGGCAUGGCACAGCUUGGGCGCUUGUUAUCUUCUAAAAGAGAGGAAAGGAGGCAGCAGCUUACAGAGGGGGACAGCAUCAUGGAUUUGCAGCGAAAACGAGAUGAAGACAGGAGGAAGAUUCGGGAGGAGAAGGCACGCCUGGCCAGAAGAGCAGCCCUCCAGGAGUUGCAACAGAAACGGGCCCAGAAAGCCUUGGAAACUCAGCGCUUGGUUGAGGAGGAACUGGCAGUGAUAAAAGACAGCAAGAAAGCAGGGAGAAGAAAGUCUGGGAAGGCUGGCUCUGUGAAGAACACCAGUCCAGCUAACAGCAUCAUCAAGGCCAACAAUGCCGAUGCCAAUUUUCACUUGUCAGCUGCAGAUAUAGAAGAAACUCGUGCUGUGAUAUCUGUCUCUGCCUUAGGACAAAACAAACAACCUGAAGAUCAGUCACAGGAUGUCAGCUCUAGAAAGAUGGCCAGUGAAGAUUUGGAGACCAGGAUCACUGUAGCCAGCAGGGCACAAUCCAAGGUGACACUUAAUGAACUGCUGGACACCCUAAAGCUGUUGGAAGAGGAGCCAGAGUUAUUACCACAGCCAAAGGCCUGCAAAGAAGAUAAAUAUGCAUGGAUAGAUGGGGAAGCUGACUCCAAUUCCCUGACUGCUGACAAUUUGGAGAAGUUUGGGAAACUGAACUGCUCUCCUGGAAUCCCUGAGGAAGGCACCCUGCUCUCGGAAGCCAAACUUCAGAGCAUCAUUAGCUUCCUGGAUGAGAUGGAGAAAUCUGAGCAGGAGCGACCCAGAUCUGCUGCCUCUGCUUCACAGCGAGAAGGGCUGUUGUCGGAAGAAGAGCUAGCCCACUUGGAGCAGGCCUCGGCAGUUGCUACGGAGGUCACCAGCUCUAUAAUGAGGCUGAAGCUGGAGGUAGAAGAGAAGAAAAGAGCCAUCACAUUACUGCACACAGCGCUGGCUCAGCAGCGGGAACUGACUGUGAGGCAUGUCAAAGAGACAGAGAAGGAACUGAACCGCCAGCUAGCACUGCAGAAGGAGCAGUACGAGGCAGCUAUUCAGCGGCACCUGGCCUUCAUCGACCAGCUGAUUGAUGAUAAAAAAGUUUUGACUGAGAAAUGUGAAGCUGUGGUAACCGAACUGAAGCAAGUUGAUCAGAAAUACACCAAGAAAAUUGCCCAGAUGCAGGAGCAGCAUCAGCUGGUCUGGCGCACUCUGGGCCCCCUCUGUGAGGAAAUAAAGAAACUGAAGGAGCUCAUGAGUGCUACAGAGAAGAUUCGGCGGGAGAAAUGGAUUGAUGAGAAAACCAAGAAGAUCAAAGAGAUCACUGUGAGAGGUCUGGAGCCCGAGAUCCAGAAACUCAUUGCGAAGCACAAACUAGAGAUCAAAAAGCUGAAAACACUGCAUGAGGCAGAGUUACUGCAGUCGGAUGAGCGGGCAGCCCAGCGCUACGUACGCCAGGCUGAAGAGCUGAGGGAGAUGCUGGAGCAUGAGAAGGAAGAGCAGGGGCAGCGAGAGAGAGAGCUGGCAAGGCAACGAUACGAAAAGCAGCUGGAGCAGGAGGAGCAGGCUCUGCAGCAACAGCGGCGCCGGCUGUACAGUGAGGUGGCUGAGGAGAAAGAGAGGCUCAACCAACAGGCAGCCCGGCAGAGGGCUGAGCUGGAGGAGCUGCAGCGGCAGCUGGAAGAGAACAGCUCUAUUGUCACCAAAGUACUGAAGGAAGAAUAUGAGAAGGGGAAGGAGGAGCAGGAGAAACGCCAUCAGGCAGAAGUGCAGGCCCUGAAAGUGCGGCUAGAGAUAGAGAAGCAGGCCUGGGAGGCCAACUACCUGAAGAAGGAGGAAGCCUGGCUGCUCACUCGGGAGCGAGAGCUGAGGGAAGAAUUGCGGAAAGAGAGGGAUAAGGAAAUUGAAUUAGUCAUCCAACGGCUAGAAGCCGACAUGUCUUCUGCCAAGGAGGAGUGUGAGAGAGCCACAGAGAACAGAAUAAAGAGGGUGCGGGACAAAUACGAAGCAGAGCUGCAGGAAUUGGAACGGUCAGAACGCAAACUCCAAGAGCGCAGCAAUGAGCUAAAGGGUCGACUUUCAGAGGCAGAAGGUGAAACUCUUCGUGUGCAGGGUCUGCUGCGGCAGAAGGAGCAGGAGGCAGAGGAUAUCCGUAAGGUGAGGGACCAGCUAGCACAGGAACGCAACAGCCUCUCCGAGGUUAUUCGGCAGGAGUUCGCAGACCGGCUGGUGAGCACUGAGGAAGAGAACAGGUGCCUCAAGGCAGAGAUGGCUGAACUUCGUGCCCGUCAACGCUUAGAACUAGACAGAGUGACCCGAGACAAAGAGGAGGAGUUGGAAGAAGUGCAUAAAAGAGUGAAGACAGCCAUUGUGAAGAAAGAGGAGGCUGUGAACAGCCUCCGAAAACAAUAUGAGGCUGCUGUGAAGAGAGCAGACCACCUGGAGGCCCUUUUGGAGCAACAGCGUAAGCAGCUGCUAGCAGCCAAGUAGCAGACAUAGCACCACCAGCACUACACCACUGGCACCAAAAAGGCAGAGCCGAGUGAUCAUGCACAGCAAAAGAAUGUUUGCCUGUUGUCCACAAGAGACUAAGAUAAAAUGAACACUAAUCUGUAUGUGAGUGGGGAGGGAUUCCUGUUCUGUCAACUUUUUGUUCUCCCCCCCCCUUUAUUUUUAUUUUUUAAAAUGUUCCGUUCCUUGUGCCUCUUUUAAGAAGCUGGGUAUCAUCCCUGUUCUUACCAAUGUAUUUUAAAAGUAAAAUCUGGCUGAUUUUUAA